AUGAAACAGAAGAGAACACCACUUGCCGAUAAGACAAGACUUUUUAUAAACUCAGUAGAAGGAAAAACCGUUUCAUCCAUCACCAAAAGUCUCUUCAAAAAGAGACCAAGAAAAGUGACAGGAAAUAACAACACAAAAUUAGAAAGAUUAUUCAAGAGUCUGUCAGAGGGAUCCCAUAACAGUUCAAUUUCACGUGUAAACGAUAAUUUUACAAAAAUCAGAUCAUAUCACGAUAUAACUGCAUAUGAACACACGUCGGAAAACAAGCUGACCAAAGUUACAAAUUCAUUCCAUCUUCCUAAAGGAAGCGUCAGGCAGCUAGAGAGAGUUUAUAAUGGUCCAUUCACAAGACAACUAAGCGAUCAACUGAGUAAGAUCAGUACGAUGAAUGCUGUACUGAAUUACGAUCAACCAAUAAGGAAAAUGGAUGAGCGGGACAGCAGUAUAACUAUUAGCACUAUUGAAGAGGUUCACUCAAUUAGUUCAACAUUUCAUAUAGCAAGGCUCACAGACACAAGUAUUAUUGGUCUUAUAAGCUUUCAAAAUGUCCUGGUAAGAAUUAAACCGGGUGACAAGUUAAAUUUGGGAGAGUACUUUAUACAUUUAAAUUUGAGCGACGGUAUCAUUCCAUGCUACUAUAGAUGGUACAAGCUUAUACUAGAACAGGAAUCAUGA